UGUUUUGCUUCGGGUUCGGUGUCGGUGAUCGUUGUUGUGUGACAGUGUGUGUUAGUCUGAGUUCUCUGUCAGUGAGACCAACUCCUAAGUUCAAUUAUGUGUUGAAGUAAACGUUUAUUAUUGCGUGUAAGGAAACGGCACACUGCAAGGCUAUAAACGUGAAUGCUAAAUAACCAUUCUGAAUAUCUGGGAUGCAGUUGUGGCAUGCAUACUCCCUUGGAAGAUUUGGUCCCUCCUUGAAUCGUUCUGUAUUAUGUCAGAGGACACUAUGCUUUGAUCAAAGGAGGCACCACAGUCAGGAAACUAACCAUGACAGAUAUAAAAGAAUUAAGGCUGAAAUUGAACGUCAGAUGGGAGUUCCUGAGCAUUUUAACUUUGCAGAAGAUGUGAUUAAAAAAUGGGCGAAGCAAAGGCCUGACAAAGUAGCCCUGCAUUUCACUGAUGGUUCUACAGAAUCAUUUGCAUCAUACAGCAAACUCUACAAGGAAGCUGUUCUCCUUGCUACAGGCCUAACCAAUCCUACGCCACCUAAAUGUGCCCUUGUCAUUCUUCCCAAAAUUUUUGAAUGGUGGGCGGUAAAUGUUGCAGGCUCUUGGUGUGGAAUGAUAAUAUCACCAGCAACAACUCUCCUGACUGCUAAUGAUGUAGCUCAUCGAAUAUCUGAGUGCGGUGUCGACUGUGUGAUAUGUGAUUUUGACACUGCCUGCAGAUUGAAUGAUGUUACUCAAGGAAUACCUCUUCGUGUCCUUGUAUCAAAGAGUGAUGAUCAAGUCUUUUUUGCUUCUAGAUCAGACUGGACAAGUUAUGAUGACCUUAUUAAGCAUGCAAAAAGUGUAGCUGUAGAACCCUGCCUGAAAACCAAGAGGGAUGAUGUGGCUCAGAUCUUUUUCACAUCAGGCACAACUGGAAAACCCAAAAUGGUCCCACAUACUCAGGGCAGCUAUGGAAUUGGUCACAUAGCAGCUGCGAAAUUUUGGCUGGAUUUGAGAGAAGAUGAUUUGAUUUGGAAUAUAUCCGACACAGGAUGGGCUAAAGCAGCUUGGUCAAGCCUUUACAUUCCAUUCCUGAGUGGGGCUACUGUAUUCGUCCAUCAGAUGCCAAGUUUUAAUGCUGAAGAAGUUCUUCGAAGCCUUUGUAAGCAUCCUGUGAAUGCCUUGUGUGCUCCUCCUACUGCAUAUAGAGCUAUGGUUCAGUGUGACUUGGAAAAGUAUAGAUUUAACUCCUUGAGAUGUUGUGUAAGUGCUGGAGAGCCUCUCAACCCAGAAGUCAUAGAAAAAUGGACACUUGCUACAGGUCUUCAGAUAUUUGAAGGAUAUGGCCAGUCUGAAACAACACUUCUUUGUGGAACUGGUGUGGGAGUUGAAAUUCGUCCUGGAUCAAUGGGCAAGCCUGCACCUGGGUAUAAUCUAAAGAUUAUUGAUUCACACUGGCAAGAGCUUGGACCAAAUGAGGAAGGAUUUCUUGCAGUUUCCUUGAGUGAAGGUCAUCCCAUUGGACUUUUUAAAGGAUAUAUGGCUAAUGAGAAGCAAACAUCAGAAGUCUUUGUGGGAAAUUAUUAUUUAACUGGUGAUAGAGCAUACUAUGAUACUGAUGGGUACUUCUGGUUUGUUGGACGAGCAGAUGAUGUAAUCAUAUCAUCAGGUACCAGAGGUCGAGUCAAGUCUACACACGAAUGGCGUUUCUAUGGACUGCCUUUGCAAAGGAUGAGAUGUCUUCGAUAUAUCGUCUCAGGAUACGUUCUGGGAUAAAUCAGGAGUCUACAGUCUUCGAUGAGGCGGGUGCGAGUAGCACUUGCAUAGAAGUCACGGGAUAUUUCCUUGACAACGGGGUGGUGACCACGUUUCCUUCAGUAGAGAACGUUGAAUCUACAGUUUCGCGACGAGAGGGUGUUGGAUACACUCACGAGGGUCGCAGAUGCUGAAUGAUGGCGCGUGCCGAGUUGUUUCGAGUUGGUUUACGCACUCGGCCUGUGUCUACAACUACUCGUCGAGUUCUGCUUAUCUUAGUGACGAGGAUGAGCUUUUCAUUAGUAACCGUUAUACAAUACCAAUAUUAAUGAUCAUGCAAGGUGUUAUACUGGUCACAACUUGUGCGCUAGGAGUUCUUAAACUUUUGUGCAUUCGACGAAGCACAAGGGCUCCAGCAACGGAGGUAGCCCUAAGUCAUGUGGUAAAUUGAUACAUUGUGCAUUAGUUGCUGAUGUGGUGUGCGACAGGAGUGCACAGAGGACAUAGGUGGCCGAGCCAUCUUACAAGUGUGUAAUGUUAGUGAAUCACAUAUCAUGUCUUGCUUGGAGACAGGCUGUAAGGGCAGCUUACUUGAGUGAAGGAAUUUGGGUACGUAAGCGUUUAAGCGAGAGAUCGCUUGUCUUGGCGUCAAGCAUGUACAUUCGUUUGUACGGAUGUUACAGGUCUAAUAGACCAAGGCGCUUGCGAAAGCCACAUUCCUUUUGGUGAGCACAAAGAGGUCGGUUGGUACACAUCAGGUGUCGGGAGAGAAAACCCCAUCGUAAAGGUAUGACACAUAUUUUGUAAAACUUAGAAAACUGUUACCUUUGAAAAGAGAGAGAAGUGUGAAAUACUUUCUUUACUUAAAUUACUUUGAAAAGAGUGAUGCGUGAAGUGUAUCUUUUAUCCAUUGUUAUCUUUAUUACAGAUGGGUUCUAUUUCAUAGUACUAGAGACAGGAAUCUCUAACCUGACUAAUAUAAUGAACUUAUUGACAUUUUGGGUCUGGGAGUGAAUUCUUAGUCAGGAGGGUAGAAUGUUAACUUACUAGUUUUCUUUAUGGGCAGA